UGCCUCAAUCAACUAUGCAACCACAUGCCCUGGUUUUUCAAAACUGUUGGAGAAGCCUGCAGAUGGUGUACCCAGAGCGCUUGCAACUGGACAGUCUCAUCAAAAUAAAUAGACAGCCGCCUGCUGGGUCCUGGUGCAAUGAAUCCCAGCUCUGUGACUUGCAAGAAACAAGGCAACAGCGGCGGCCCACAGAAAUCUCCGGCCUUCAGUCAGUUGAGACGACAAUUCUGGGCAUUCCUAUGCUUCUUUCUGUGAGGUCUCUGGAUGACCUGGAACAAGGCAAUGCUGACAGACAGUCCACCAUCAGCACCAACAUCUACAGAAGCAGUAGUGAUGAAAACAGCUGCAUGUAAGUGUGGACUUUCCAUUUCAGAACUUGUUAGUAUGAUUUUAUAGAAAUAUCCUUUGGUGUAAUUUAUGUUUAUACACACCAGAUAGGAGAACGCUUGAAGUGUCUAAUUAACUGGUUCAAAAUCUUAUACCGUCUACAGUUGCUAUGAAGAUACUACGAUAUGUAUUAGGUGUGAAGGAAAGGAGAGGCAUACAUAAAAAUCCACUUGUUCCUGGCUGAGCUUGAGUCAGAGAAAAGAAAUGACACACUCUGAAGAGAAUUCUGACUUCAGUUGCAUGUUGAUAUUCUGACAAUUUCAUUUUGGCAUUGUGCACUAUAGGAAGUUCCGUCUACGAUGAGUAGGGACCGCAUUUUAAUGCAAAUGCAUAUUUCUUUCUUACAACCAAAAAAUAUGCUCAUUUGAAUAUAUGUAUGAAUCACUUCAUUUCUUAAGUUUUAGACAUGGUUUGAUGGUGCAUAUAUGAUAAAUAUGACACAAAAUUGCCUUUCCUUGCCCAUGGGUUGCACUGUGUUGCAUAAACAAUUCAUGCAAAUUGUCAACUUGUUGACAAGUUGGUGUCUCCUGUGAAGAAGGCAUUUGUUAAAGCCCCAUAUAGAAAAGAAGCCUUUAAAGCAGUAGUACCGAAUGUUCCACUUCCACUGGAGCACGUGGCUGUGUGCAGCGAGUUAUUAUACUGAACAUU